GUUGAAUUUGCGAAAGCAAAUAAGAAGAAGAAGUGUUAUAGGUUAUAUUUAUCUUCAUGUCAAAAACUCAAAAUAGUAAAUAAAGGAAUUUCUAGAUUCAAGUGAUUCAAGUUUCGAAGCACAAAAAAUAAUAUAUUCAUAGGUAUUGCAGUUAAAUGGAUUUAGCAAAAGUUUCCAACGAAAAAAAGCUUGAUCUUUGUAGGUGGUAUUUCAGAAUUGGAUUUGCAUUACUCCCAUUUGUGUGGGCAGUCAAUGCUAUUUGGUUUUUCAAUGAAGCUUUUCGUAAACCUGAAUAUGCAGAACAGAAGCAUAUUAAAAAGUAUGUGAUUUUUUCUGCAAUGGGAUCAGCAAUAUGGCUAGUGUUAUUGAUUACAUGGGUAACAAUUUUCCAGCUCAACAGAGCAAAUUGGGGAGAAACUGCAGAUUAUAUCUCUUUUAUAAUACCUUUAGGAACACCUUAGAUUAUUUUGAUAGAAAGAAAUAAUGUACCUUCCAUCUACAAUGAAUGAAAUUGAGCCAUUGUUGGUAACUAUUUCAAAAGUUGAAAUGUCAUGUUCAUUAUCAACUUUCCUCUGAUCACUAGCAAAAUAGUGAUGAAGCAAACCUUUCAACAUAUUGUUUUUGAUACUGUAUUGUCUUUUUAUGCUGAAUAAAAACAACAAAAAACAUGUAAAAAUAGAUUUUAUUCUGAAUCUCAUGUAUUUUGAGAAUAUGUUCAAAUUUUUGGCCAUUACAUUUCCACAUAAAAUUUUAUUAUAUUCACAAGAUGGUGGUAAUGAAAAAUGAAAAUAUUCAUGAUCUUGGAUGAAAAAUAAUGAUGUGUUACAUUUAAAGUCCCAAUAAAUAUUUAUUUCACAUUUAUAAAUUAUUUUAUCCCCAAAUUUCGAACUUUUAAAAAAUAUGUAGGUAAAAUUACAAAAUUCAAUAGGAAUCGAAAAUAUAAAGUAUGAUAAAGGAAUGACAAUGAUUUCAUUGAUUACCUGAUGUGCCUGAUGAGAGAAGAUUUGAUACUGAUAGGCUUGGGAAAAAUAACAUCCAGUAUAGAAAAUCAAUAAUAACAAUCAUAAUUUGAAUAAGAUGAACUAAAUUACCUAUGAGAAACUACACUUUUUCAUCUAUUCCAUGGGUCUUUGAUGUUAAAAUAGGUUUAAAUGCUGUAUAAAAAUUGUACAGGGUGUUUCAAAAGAACCUAACCCCCUUGCUAGGGUAGGUAGAACAUUACAAAAUAAGUUUGCUCAGUGAAAAAAUGUCGUAACGGCAUCCGUUUUCAUGAUACAAGGUGUUGAAAAAAUUAUUUUUUGUACACAUUUUUCACGAUUAUUCCGAAACUACUGGCAACAUUGUAAUGAAAUGUUGUAUGGAUGUUUCUUGAAAUCUGACACAUCGCAUGAAUUUGUUUUUAUAUCUGACUCUCAUAGAUGGCGCUAGUUACACGGUUCGUACCGAGUAGUUUUGAAUAUAACUUUUUUGAGGUUAGAUUUUUCAAUCCAAAUAUGAUAUGAACUUGAACAUCAUUCAAUUUUACACCGAAAAGGUACUCCUGGUGAAACUCGAUACUAUGUUCCGUUUUCGGAAUAUUUCGAUUUGAAAAUAAUGGAGUAGUAAUGAUGCUAGUAUAAAAUGAAUUCUAUUGAGUUCAAUUACCUAUUUAUUCAUGUUCAAAAACAAUGAAAUUAUUCUUGUGCUGAAGUUAUUGAUGGAACAAAGGAUCAUAAGUAGAAAAUUAAGAGAUAUUUGACUAGAAACAUGAAAUAUUGAAUCAGUUAGAGUAAGUGUUCAAAAUGUCCUACGUUUCGAGGAAUACACGAUUCUAUAUUCUUUUUUUAAGAAUGUAUUAUUCUUCUGAACAGUUGAGGAUCAGCUGUUAGGUCAUUCAAGUGAUGUUCAAUUAUGUCUCAAAACUCUUGACGUGAAUUUAACUAUGUAGCAUAAACUGUCUGCUCAAGAUACACCAAAACUGUGUAAUCCAUGUUCCUAGUCAAAUCUGUUUCGAUGUUAUUCUUGUGAUUCAUUGUUAAAUCAAUGGGUUUAGCAUCAGAAAUGUAUUGUUGUUUUCGGUUUUCAAUAAAUAGGUGAUAAUUUUUCAUAAUACUCACUCUAAUACAUGCUUUAUACCAGCAACAUUUACCACUUCAUCAUUUUCAAAUCGAAAUAUUCCGAAAACGUAACACAGUAUCGAGUUUUACCAGAAGUACCUUUUUGGUGUGAAAUUGAAUGAUGUUCAAGUUCAUAUCAGAUUUGGAUCGAAAAAUCUAACCUCAAAAAAGUUAUGUUCAAAACUACUCGGUACGAACCGUGUAACUAGCGCCCUCUAUGAAAGUCAGAUAUAAAAAUAAAUGCAUGCGAUGUGUCAGAUUCCAAGAAACAUCCAUACAAAAUUUCAUCACAAUGUUGCCAGUAGUUUAACAUAAUCGUGUAAAAUGUGUAAAAAACACCUUGUAUUAUGAAAACGGAUGUCGUUACGACAUUUUUUUACUGAGAAAACCCAACUUAUUUUGCAAUGUUCUACCUACCCUAGCAAGGGGGUUAGGUUUUUUUGAAACACCCUGUAUAUGUAUAAAUGCUAUGACUACAUAAUGCAUCUGUUUGUUUAUCACAUACUCAUCAGUUGAGAAAUACACAUAUCAAUAAUUAACUUAAAUAAAAUCUAGCUAAAUUCAUUCUAUUCGGAUACCUGCUCUACGUAUGUUUCUGAACUUCUUAAUUUCAUUUUUUACUAAACGCAGCAAGAGAAGAAGAGCAAAGAUAUCUGAGAUCAUUAACAUUAAAAAUACUUUUUGCCAGCCAUAGUUUGAUACAAAUCCUGCCAAUAAUGGCCCCACUGC